AUGGAUACCUCGGUGUCCCAGAAUUUCCAUCCAGAGUGUGAGUUUUCUAUCAAUAAGAUGAUAAAUAUGGAGCUGCAUGCCAGCUAUGUCUAUUUUACCAUGGCUUAUUACUUUAGCGAUCAUAAUAUGACCCUGAAUCACUUCACAAAAUUCUUCCGAAAACAGUCCCAAAAGAGGAAGGAACAAGCAGAGAAAUUUCUUCAGUACCUAAUCAAAAGGGGAGGACAUCCUGUUAUGGAAAAUAUCCUAAAGCCAGAGGUGGCAAACUGGUCAGACGGCCUGCGUGCCACGGAAGAGGCUCUUGCGGCUGAAAAGAUUAUUAUCCAGGACCUGUUGGCACUGUACAAUAAGGCAAAAGAGAAAGAAGAUCCACAUCUCUGUGGAUUCUUAGAGUCUGAAAUCCUUGACGAGCAGGUGAAGAUCAUGAAGCUGCUUGAAGAUCACAUCACUAACUUAGAGUGA